AUGGCUUCAAACGACGUCGAAGGUCGCCCAUUAUGGCUGCACCGUGAAUGUGCAAAGUUAAUAACGAAAGGAAAUCUUCUGACCCUCACUGUCCCGCCAAAGUGUGUUGACAAGGGCGAGUGGGUUGCCCAUCAAGUCGUUGAGCAAUAUCGGCUACUCUCGGCAUUCGUUCGUGUUGUCAGUGAGCUGGACUCGGACAGUACCUCAAUCUGCAACGCCGAGAGAUGCCCUACUAUGUCGGCUGGAGAGCAUUGCUACACUUGGAUCGACGAAGAUGAGCAACCGGUCAGACUCCUCGCGCACCAAUAUAUUACAGUCAUCCGGGACUGGAUUUCGAGGAAGCUGGACGACGAACUAUUAUUUCCUACCGACCCUCUCGGGGCGACAGCCAAUCUUUAUCCGCAUCACGCGUGCCAGACAGAUCUUUCUGGUAAUUCUGAUGAAAAUUGGUUGGGUUGUCGGAGCGGAUUCCCUCAGAAUUUUGCCGCGGCCUGCCGUCUCAUAUGCCGGCAAAUGUUCCGCAUAUACGCUCACCUUUACUGGAAUCAUUUCGAAGAUUUCUACCACCUGAGCCUUGAAAAGUCCUUGAAUAGCUGUUUCGGCUCAUUUUUGAUGGUGACAGUAACACACGACAUGCUACAGAGUGGUGAUGUUCAGCCCAUGCGCGACCUGAUUAGUCUAUGGGCAGCGAACGGGACCUUCCCAGCGGAUUCCAAGCUAGGCGGACUUGCUGAUCUAGACCGUGGCAAAUAUUUUUCUGGCGAGGCAACUCCAUGUUAA